UCGUGAAAUUACUGGAUCUUCAUUUCGUUGCUGAUUCUGUUUGCUACUUUGAAUAAUGAAUUGGUUUUUCAAUUUGAUGAAAUUCUGAUCUCGUAACUUGUAAUUAGGUUUUCUCUUUGGGUAUUUUACAUUUGAGAGCUUCAGAUCGAUGUGCCUUGACUAUGGCAGGGUCUGGGAGUUCCAUGACGUAUUCCUUUCUUCUAUUCAUUGUCAUCCUCUCGCUUCAAGAAAUGUACCGUGGCAAACUUGCAUCCUCGGAAUUAUACACAAUACUUGGAGGGUUCAUCAGCUCUCUCCUAUUUCUUGUGCUCCUAACUUUCAUUGGAAAUUUUCAGGAGACAACCGGUGCAAAAUCUGGCUGGGGUGCUGUCAUAAUAGCAGAAGUCGUUGCUUUGAUUGCUGCAAGCACUGUCCACCGAGUAUGCAUCACUACAUGUUUCCUGUUCUCAGCUGUAUUGCUCUAUGAGGUCAACAAGCUCUCUGGAUCAGCAGUCUCCACAAGCGACUCCAGAACUAAAAAGCAAAGUGGGAGAGCUUAAUCAUUUUGUAUGCUUACUGUCAAAGCAUUGAUAGAGAAUUUUUCCUAGUCGCAAUAGUUUUACAGGCCUAGUAUUGUAACUUACAAAAAGAGUGAUUUAUGAUUCUAUUUAAAUUUUCAACAAUGGCAUGAUUCGAACAUGUGCAUUAAACUGAAAUCCAAUCAGUCAUUUUACAGGCGAAAUUGUUCCCUUCACCAAAUAGUGAAAGUAAAAAUAUUGGCAUUUCUUUUCUUUCUAGAAA